AUGGAUAACCCGGAUUCCCUGUUUGCUAAAGUUUUCAAGGGGAGAUAUUUUCGGAACUCAACCCCCUUGGACCCAAUUCGCUCUUACUCUCCAUCUUAUGGAUGGCAGAGUAUCGUUUCAGCUCGACCUCUGGUAUGCAAAGGACUUAUUAAAAGAGUUGGUUCAGGUUCAUCUAUCUAUGUAUGGUAUGACCCCUGGAUUUCCGAUUCUUGCCCGAGGCCAGCUAUCUGUAAAGGAAUUAAUUACUACCCACACCUCACGGUGAAUCAGUUAAUUAAUUCCCAGACCUCAACGUGGAAUCGACCACUAUUGCAACAAUUUUUUGAGAGUGAGGAAAUCACUCGCAUUACGGGUAUACCAGUGGCUACUGGAUAUAAACCCGAUACCUGGGGCUGGUUUUAUACAACAACGGGUCGGUAUACGGUUAAAUCGGGAUAUACUGUGCUACAGGAGCUUUCCGAUGAGGGGACACUACCAGUCUUUGGACCGGACACUCGGAGAUUGCAAGCGCAAUCCUGGAAGGUUAAAUGCACCACAAAACUCCAACAUUUUCUCUGGCAAAUUAUUACCGGAUGUUUAUCGGUUGGCGCACGUUUAUGUAGUCGGGGAAUGCGUGUGGACCCACUGUGCGUGAGAUGUGGUAUGGGAGAUGAGACUAUCAAUCAUAUGCUCUUUGAGUGUCCCCCGGCCCGACAGGCCUGGGCACUCUCUCCCAUACCUACGCCUCCCCAGUUUUUUCCUACGGGAGCACUGUACUUCAAAUAUGGCACAUCUAUUCUGGAACCUCCCAGACAAUGA